UAUGGAUGGCUUGGAAUAGUAGCGCUCAACGAAAUAUGGAAGGAAGCACGUGCAUAAAGGUAGAAGAGAUUACGAUAAGCGAUACUGUAGAUACGGACUGUAAAUCAGUGGUAAACUGCGAUAAUGAUCAGCAUUCUGGUACUAUGACAGUGGUCGCUGUUCCACCGGACGAUCAGAGUUUUAUUAAACGAGAGCCUACGAUAAAGACAGAAGAUGAAGCUGAUAAAACUGAUACAGCGGCAUCGACGUCAACAACAGCAGUUGAAGGCGAAGCUGCAACCUCCAGUUACAGUGACACAGGAAUUUUAAAUACGAAGCCACCUACUAAUAAUGACUGUAUCCAGCGAAAGCACAUUUGCGAUAUCUGUGGCAGAGCGUAUAGGAGAAAAAACUACCUCACGAUGCACUGGAAAACUCACACCGGUGAACGGCCAUACAAAUGUGACAUUUGUGGCGAAGCUUUCUUCCAAAAAGUCCGACUUCAAUACCACAAGACACAACACAAUCAGGAGAAGCAUUUCAAGUGUGAAAUCUGUGAAAAAGACUUCUCCCUCAAAGUUCAAUUAACGAUCCACAUGAAACAACACAGCCAGGAUCGUCCGCACAAGUGUCCGAUUUGCGAAAAAGGGUUCAGGAUCAGAUCCUUGCUCACGCUCCAUAUGCACAGUCACAGCAAAGAGCGGUUGUUCGAUUGCGACAUCUGCGGUUCGUCGCACAGGUCACCCAAAGCUGUACUCGUCCAUAGGAAAAUCCAUACAUCCGUUCCGGAGAUGUAUUGCGCUGACGAUGACCAACGUAAUGAUCCUCAAUAUAACAUUGUUAGCACUGAAACAGCGUAUUUGGAGAAAAAAAUCAAGUGUGAGCUAUGCGGUAAGGAAUACGGCUUGCAAAGGCAACUGACGAGACACCUGCGAUCGCAUACCACGGAUCUUCCGCAUAAAUGUGUUGUUUGCGGAAAAGCAUUCAGAAUUCGAUCGAUGCUCGUGAGGCACAUCCGCCAGCACACCAAUGAGCACGUACAUUUUUGCGAUUUUUGCGACAAAGGAUUCAGCACGAAUGCUAAUCUUGCCAGUCACAGGAGAACUCACACCGGCGAGCGACCAUUCGAAUGUGACAUAUGUUAUAAAACUUUUCGCAUAACCACCACACUUAAGCAUCAUAAAGCCAUACAUCAUUCCCGGGAAAAGAACUUUAAGUGUGAAACAUGUGGUCAAGAUUUUUCCAUACAGUUACAACUGUCAAAACACGUGAGAAGGCACCACAGCACGGAUCGUCCGCACAAAUGCCUGGCCUGCGGAAAGGACUUCUCCGACCGUUACAUGCUUGUAAGUCACAUGCGCUGUCACGGUGAUCAACGACUGUUUCGGUGCGAGAUUUGCGGCCUGUCGUACAAGUCAUCCGGUGGUUUAAACGAACACAGGAAAAUUCACAACGUCCACACGGAAGCAGAAACGGUUCAAAUGUGAUAAGCAGCUCGCGGAAAAGGUUCACCUUACUAUUCACAGAAAGC